AUGCACAGACAGAAGGCCGAUGAGGCUUAUGUCAUUGGCAAGCGUGGACAGUACACACCUGUUGGCGCCUACCUUGCCAGCGAUGAAAUCGUCAAGAUCGCCGUUGAGCACGGUGCUCAGAUGAUUCACCCUGGUUAUGGUUUCUUGUCUGAAAAUGCCGAGUUCGCUCGCAAGGUUGAGGCUGCCGGUCUUAUCUUCAUCGGUCCCUCUCCCGACGUCAUCGAUGCCCUUGGCGACAAGGUCUCAGCCAGAAAGAUUGCCAUUGCUGCGAACGUACCAGUCGUCCCAGGCACCGAGGGCGCCGUCGAGAAGUUUGAGGAAGUCAAGGCUUUCACGGACAAGUAUGGCUUCCCCAUCAUCAUCAAGGCUGCUUAUGGCGGUGGUGGUCGUGGUAUGCGUGUUGUGCGUGAGGAGGCUUCCCUCAAGGAGUCCUUCGAGAGAGCCACCUCCGAGGCGAAGAGCGCCUUCGGGAACGGCACCGUCUUCGUUGAGCGUUUCCUCGACAAGCCCAAGCACAUUGAGGUUCAGCUCCUCGGUGACAACCAUGGCAACAUUGUCCACUUGUACGAGCGUGACUGCUCCGUGCAGCGCAGACACCAAAAGGUCGUCGAAAUCGCUCCGGCCAAGGAUCUUCCCGCCAGCGUUCGCGAUGCUAUCCUGAACGAUGCUGUCAGACUCGCCAAGUCUGUCAACUACCGCAACGCUGGUACCGCCGAGUUCCUGGUUGACCAGCAGAACCGCUACUACUUUAUCGAGAUCAACCCCCGUAUCCAGGUCGAACAUACCAUCACUGAGGAAAUCACCGGUAUCGAUAUCGUUGCCGCUCAGAUCCAGAUCGCCGCUGGCGCUACCCUGGAGCAGCUCGGCCUUACCCAAGACCGCAUCUCUACUCGCGGCUUCGCCAUCCAGUGUCGUAUCACGACCGAGGAUCCGGCCAAGAACUUCCAGCCCGACACUGGCAAGAUCGAGGUGUACCGCUCCGCUGGCGGUAACGGUGUGCGUCUCGAUGGUGGCAACGGCUUUGCUGGCGCCGUCAUUACCCCCUACUACGACAGCAUGCUUGUCAAGGUGUCGUGCCACGGCUCAACGUACGAAAUUGCCCGCCGCAAGGUUCUUCGCGCUCUUAUCGAGUUCCGCAUUCGCGGCGUCAAGACCAACAUCCCCUUCCUGGCCUCUCUCCUGACCCACCCAACAUUUAUUGAUGGCAACUGCUGGACGACCUUUAUUGAUGAUACCCCGUCCCUGUUUGACCUCGUUGGCAGUCAGAACCGCGCCCAGAAGCUUCUGGCCUAUCUUGGUGACCUCGCCGUCAACGGUAGCAGCAUCAAGGGUCAAAUCGGUGAGCCCAAGUUCAAGGGCGACAUCAUCAUCCCCGAGCUCUUGGACGAUGCUGGCAAGAAGCUCGAUGUGUCUUCGCCUUCGCAAAAGGGCUGGCGCAACAUCAUCGUCGAACAAGGCCCCAAGGCUUUCGCCAAGGCUGUUCGCAACUACAAGGGCUGCUUGCUCAUGGAUACCACCUGGCGUGAUGCCCAUCAGUCUCUCCUGGCGACCCGUGUCCGCACAGUCGACCUUCUCAACAUUGCCAAGGAGACCAGCCAUGCGCUCUCCAACUUGUACGCUCUGGAAUGCUGGGGUGGCGCCACCUUCGAUGUCGCUUUCCGCUUCUUGUACGAGGACCCUUGGGACCGCCUCCGCAAGAUGCGCAAGUUGAUCCCCAACAUCCCCUUCCAGAUGUUGCUCCGUGGCGCCAACGGCGUUGCUUAUGCCUCGCUCCCUGACAAUGCCAUCGACCACUUCGUCAAGCAGGCCAAGGACAACGGUGUCGACAUCUUCCGUGUCUUCGAUGCUCUCAACGACAUCAACCAGCUCGAGGUUGGUAUCAAGGCCGUGCAAAAGGCUGGUGGUGUCUGCGAGGGUACCGUCUGCUACAGCGGUGACAUGCUCAACCCCAAGAAGAAGUACUCCUUGGAUUACUACAUUGACCUUGUUGACAAGCUUGUUGCUCUCGACAUUGAUGUUCUUGGCAUCAAGGACAUGGCCGGUGUUCUCAAGCCCCAUGCUGCCACCAUCCUCAUCGGUACCAUCCGCAAGAAGUACCCUGACCUCCCCAUCCACGUCCACACCCACGACUCCGCGGGUACUGGUGUGGCUUCCAUGGUUGCCUGCGCCAUGGCCGGCGCCGAUGCUGUUGACGCUGCCACUGACAGCUUGUCUGGUAUGACCUCGCAGCCCAGCAUCAACGCCAUCAUUGCGUCGCUUGAUGGUACCGAUAAGCAGCCCGGUCUCAACCCUGCUCACGUUCGUGCGCUUGAUACCUACUGGUCUCAGCUUCGCCUCCUCUACUCGCCCUUCGAGGCUCAUCUUGCGGGUCCCGAUCCUGAGGUGUACGAGCACGAGAUUCCUGGCGGUCAGCUCACCAACAUGAUGUUCCAGGCCUCUCAGCUUGGUCUUGGCUCCCAGUGGUUGGAGACCAAGAAGGCUUACGAGCAAGCCAACGAACUCCUCGGCGACAUCGUCAAGGUCACUCCUACCUCCAAGGUUGUUGGUGACUUGGCCCAGUUCAUGGUGUCCAACAAGCUCAGCCCCAAGGAUGUCAUUGAGCGUGCUGGCGAGCUCGACUUCCCUGGCUCCGUUCUCGAGUUCCUCGAGGGUAUGAUGGGCCAGCCGUACGGUGGUUUCCCCGAGCCAUUCCGCACCAAGGCUCUCCGUGGUCGCCGCAAGCUCGACAAGCGCCCUGGUCUCUUCCUCGAGCCCAUCGACUUUGCCAAGGUCAGGAAGGAGCUGUCGCGCAAGUACGGCAGCGUUACCGAGUGCGACGUGGCCAGUCACAUCAUGUACCCCAAGGUGUUCGCCGACUACAAGGCCUUCAUCGCUAAGUACGGAGACCUCAGCGUCUUGCCUACCAAGUACUUCCUCAGCAAGCCUGAGAUUGGCGAGGAGUUCCACGUUGAGCUCGAGAAGGGUAAGGUGUUGAUCCUCAAGUUGCUGGCCGUCGGCCCGCUCUCCGAGAACACUGGCCAGCGCGAGGUGUUCUACGAAAUGAACGGCGAGGUUCGCCAAGUCACUGUCGACGACAAGCAGGCGUCGGUGGAGAACGUGAGCCGACCCAAGGCCGACCCUGGCGAUUCGAGCCAGGUCGGUGCCCCCAUGGCCGGUGUGCUCGUUGAGCUCCGCGUCCACGAGGGCUCUGAGGUCAAGAAGGGCGAUCCCCUUGCUGUCCUGAGCGCCAUGAAGAUGGAAAUGGUUAUCUCCGCUCCUCACAAUGGUGUAGUCUCCUCUCUGCAAGUGAGAGAAGGCGACUCAGUCGACGGCUCCGACCUGGUGUGCCGCAUCACCAGGGGCGACAAGAAAUGA